UACGUUCGUUUUAUUUGCUGCCAACAAGAUUCAGCACUAAUGUCCACUGCUCCAUACUUUGUUUUCGUUUUUGUUGCAAAUUGUUCCGUAAACUAUGUGUCUCGUGUGAUUGCGAAUAUAUAUGUACGUUGUGACCCGAAGCGAUCAUUAUUUGAAACCCAAUAGUUUUCGUUGAACGAUUUACAGCCACCAAAAAGUGACCUUAGAGUAGGCAAUUCGUUGUUUUGUUUGAAAGAAGUUUGAUUGUUGUUGUUCUGAACAGCAAGACUAACCUCGUUAAGCCCUCAAAAAGUCGUUCCCAAGGCAUAUUUCGUGGCAUCAAAUCUUCGCCACCUAUCUUCCAAAGCAAUAGGAGUUCGAAUAUCGAUGGCAUUCAGCAUCCCGGUUACAUAAAUGUGUCCCCAGGUUAAGCGCAUUCGAAUGGGUGCAUUUUCCAACUAAAGUGACAUUGUUCGGUGUGAAAGGCUUUUUUACCUUGUUCGCUGUCAUGGUUCAGGGCAUGUGUUCUCGAAACAAAAAGAACAGGCCUAUGCCUGUUUAUUAGGUGUACCAUUUCCCUCUCGGCCACGCGUGCGUCUUCCUAUCGCACAUUUUUGGUACCCCGCUGCAACCAACCGUGUGUUGGAGCAGAAAAGAAGCACGUUGAAAUAUUGUGCAGUAGUGUGGGUGUGUUAGCUGUUUGCCGUGGUAUGCGUGUGUUUCGUAGUAUGUGAUGUGUAUUGUGUUCGGUUAGAAUAGUGCCGCUUCAAGUGCGUGCGUGUGGUGCAUCCAAGAGCAGGCAAACAAAACAAACGCCGAUUGUCAUCCGUUCCACUUGAAUUGUGAAGUGCCUGCCUCGAUUGAGUAUCAGUUGCAGUUGACCAUCACAUCUCGAGCGAACCAAAGAAAGUUGCUGCAUCCAUUCCUACACUACAAGCGAAGCAGGCCAUUCCUGAAGCCAUAGCUGUGUCUAGUUUGUUUACGUUCGAAGUGUGUGCAACCCGUAUUUGCCGCAUCAACGGAGCCAGUGACAUUCCGUUGCCGCAAUCGGUUGUUAGAUAAGAGCUCCAGCGGGAAAUAGAGAAUGCGCCUACCGAACGAACCGAAACCAGCGGACUUUGGCCGUGGAAGCAGUCUCUUUGGGAGCCUGCGAUCACGUCUGUCAGACGCAAUGAGUGGAUCGGCCAAUUUGAGAGCAUCUGUGCCAGCAGCAGGAGCAGAAGCAGCAGCUGGACAAAGCCCGAUGGAUGCUAAUGGUGACGCCGUCGUUGGGCAGCAGGCUACAAUCGAGGUACAGCCGGUGAUGAUCAGGAAGACACCCAAAUUUCCGUCCCGCGAGCGUCAUCUAGCGAUCAGGCGUAAGAACCGUGUGCCACCACCGGAGCUGAUUGAAAUGGCACCAUCGUGUCCGGGCUCACCGUUGUCAGUUACGAGCGGUCGUCGUCUAAGCAAAAAAACGUGCCAGGAGUGCAAGUGCCCGAGGGAAACACACGCUGUGUACCAUGAACAGCUGACUACGGUGCGGGAACGGCUCGGCUUUAAGCAUGACACAAACACGUCCAGGGUGGAUCCGCGCCAGAUGGGCUACACCUGGGUACCGCCAGGCAUUCUAACAUCAGCCAAGAUACAGCGAUACUUUGAUGUGAUACCACCGGAGAAGGUGCCCAAAAUAGGCACACAAGGUGAACGAUUCCGUGACAAGCAGUUGGUGUAUCAGUUGCCAAAGCAGGACCUUGCUCUCGACUACUGUAAACACGUGGAAGACCAGAACCGUAGUUCGUACGAAGAUUUUGUUGCGGCCAGAAACGAGAUUGCGUUAGAUAUUGGCUAUGUGAAAGACACACCACAGGCAACAAAAUGCACCGGUUGCAGCGAUGCGCUCAACCAGGGUGAAAUGGCUGUGACUGCACCGAAGUUCCGUGAGCAAACGCUGUGGCACCCGCGUUGCUUCAAAUGUACGACCUGUGAUGAGCUGCUGGUCGAUCUGACCUAUUGUGUGCACGAUGACCAAAUCUACUGUGAGCGACAUUACGCGGAAAUGCUGAAGCCACGCUGCAGUGCCUGUGACGAGCUUAUUUUCAGUGGCGAGUACACCAAAGCUAUGUCGAAGGACUGGCAUUCGGGUCACUUCUGCUGCUGGCAGUGUGACGAAAGUCUAACCGGCCAACGGUACGUGCUGCGGGACGAACAUCCGUACUGCAUCAAGUGCUACGAGAACGUGUUCGCCAACGUGUGUGAGGAAUGCAACAAGACCAUCGGCAUCGACUCGAAGGAUCUCUCGUACAAGGACAAGCACUGGCACGAGGCUUGCUUCCUGUGCAACAAAUGCCGCAUCUCGCUGGUAGACAAACAGUUUGGUUCGAAGGCGGACAAGAUCUACUGUGGCAACUGUUACGAUGCCCAGUUUGCGUCUCGCUGCGAUGGCUGCGGUGAAAUCUUCCGUGCAGGCACGAAGAAGAUGGAGUACAAAACCAGACAGUGGCACGAGAAGUGCUUCUGCUGCUGCGUCUGCAAAACCGCCAUCGGCACUAAAUCGUUUAUUCCUCGCGAGCAGGAGAUCUACUGUGCCGGCUGCUACGAGGAGAAGUACGCCACCCGAUGCAUCAAAUGCAAGAAGAUCAUCACGAGCGGUGGUGUAACGUACAAGAACGAACCGUGGCACCGUGAGUGUUUCACGUGUACGCACUGCCAGGUAUCGCUUGCUGGCCAGCGCUUCACAAGCCGCGACGAGAAACCCUACUGUGCCGAAUGUUUCGGUGAACUGUUCGCGAAGAGAUGCACCUCCUGUACCAAGCCCAUUACUGGCAUCGGCGGUACGCGCUUCAUCUCGUUCGAGGAUCGCCACUGGCACAACGAUUGUUUCAUCUGUGCCAUGUGCAAAACGUCGCUGGUUGGGCGCGGUUUCAUCACCGACGAGCAGGACGUCAUCUGUCCGGAGUGCGCUAAGCAGAAGCUGAUGUAAACGCGACACAGCCAUCCCUACGCAGCAUAAUCAUCAUCUUCAUCAUCAUCAUUACUUUCAUCGCCACCAUCACCAUCGUUAGUGGAAGGUUCCCGGCGGAGGAUCGUGUUACGGACGUAAAACGGUGCGCAGGAUUUCAAUGUGUAGCAAUCCAGAAAGGAGCUUCUUUCACCCAUUAGUUCAUUCGCCAGCGCCAUUCAUAUGAUAUGAUCAUCGAUCGCAUAACUUAUUUAUCUGUACAGCGCACCCGCGACCCCGCUGGAUGCUACUUUUAUGCUCCUCGUUGAAUGUGUGCGCCUGUUCUCUUUCUUCGUCUAUUGUAUUAAGUAUUCUGUCCUGUGUGCGUUUUAUUCUCUUGUGCCCUAUCUCUCUGUUGACUUAUCCUUUCCUUUUGCGAUGCAGCACAUAAGGAUUCAAUGUUUUGUUUUUUAUUUCACUAAUAGAGCCAUCAUGAUACAAUGUUGUUGUCCUUUUUCGUUUAGUUUUUCGUUUGUUUCUCGACACAUGUGUGUGUGUGUGUGCCCACGUUUUGCGAUUGGAACUAGUCUGUCGUAAAGCACAAUUAAAAACCUGCAGAGCGUAGUAAGAUAACGUUGUAGUUAGAAAGGAAAAUCAAAUGAACACAAAACAACAAAAAGCAGUUUAUUGCGGCAAGGACAUUAGAGGAAAAGAAAAUGCGAGUUUGUAUGUGUGUGCGUUUGUGGAUAAAAGUGGAGCAAACGAGGAAGAGAAAAACAGGUUGAAUGUGAAGACGAGAUAAGAAACGGAAGGACAACAUGUAGUAGUGUAGCGUAGCGAACGGCCUAUAUUCACUGAAGAUGCCUUUUUACUAUCAAAUAAUAACCACAACCGCUUCUCUUUACAACACAGCAGCGGGCAAAUCAAAAUGCGUGACAAUUGUUUGUGUUUUUGUUUAACGCAGCCGUUAGAGCGAAACGAAACUAUAUUAAUGUUUAGAUCACGUAAGGGCAGAAACGAGAGAUCGCGCACGCAUCGCGCUUAGUCAUUUAGAUGGUGAAACAAGAAAUUGUGCUUGCUUGCAAACGGCCAAUGUGUUACCGCUUUUCUCCCUUGUCAACGACGUUAUGGUGGAACGAGAACGAUACUCCGAUCGCUCCUAAACGAGCACCGGCACCGUGUGUGUGUUAUUGAGUUUGGCUUUUAAGCCGAAGUAAAGAUAGGUGGAAAAACUAUAUCAACGAAAACAAUUGCUACACACACGCGCAACAAGUAGAAACACGCGUGUGUUAUGCGUUUCCCUAGUGAUGAGACAUCAAAACAGGAUGAACAUUAUGUAAAAAAAAAAUUGUUAGCCAGUAUAGGAAUAUGAAAAAAAAGGACGAGAGUAGUUAAAAGAAAGAGGACAGACAAAACAGGAGAGUAGCAAAUUGGGACACAAAAUCAAAAUCAAAAUGCAUGCGGUGCAACUAACCCCAACUUAUACACUAUGUCGCCGCGUCCAUUUACACGAGAGAGGAUCAUAAUAUAUAUUUGUGUACAUUUGUGGGAAGGAAAAGAAACAAAACGGGGGAUAAUUUUAACACCAUUUUGUUGUAACUACUAGCUGCCUGUGUACCACCAUUGUCUUUAAAUUAUUUAUUCGUUAACCACUGAAGAGAAAAAAAGAACAUUGUGGUCCAUGCGGUCAACUACAAGCGCAUCAUAACAUCAUAUUCAUACACAUAUAACGGUGCGGAAUCGAAAUAGAAAUCACACAUAAAGUUAAAGCUAAUAAAUAAAUCUUUAAAUAAAAACUUAAACGACAAAACAAACAAACAAACAAACAAACAAAAAAACGAAUAAAACAAUACAACAAAAUAUCGUUCUAUCUCCCCUUUCUCUCUUUCUCUCUAUUUCUCGCUCUCUAUUGAUCUUUAAGAUGUUAAUGCUACCGUAAAAUCGAUCUGCCUAUGUAAGUACUUGUAGUAUAUGCGGAUGAAACAAAUUUAAUUGACACAGUAACAACAAAACAAUUCUCCUCGUCCCACUACCUUACCUGUUAUCAAUUUCAAACUGCAGGCAAACCAUUUAAAGGUAGAAAGGUUUAAUGCUCUAAGUACGUGGUAGGGCUAUAAAAACAAGAUAUUUGAACUGUCCACGUGUGUGUAACCACGCAAAGAGAACUGUGUUGUUUUUUAUAUUCAUUUCUUUCCAUUGUAAAAAGGGAAAACUAAUUGUUUUAUGUUGUAACUGCUUAUUUUGUCCAACUAUCGUUACUACAUGAUCAUAAUUUUAUACGAAAUAUAUUUUCCUUUACCAACUUGACCAGUGGAGAGAAGCUCUAGUGCGGGUGUUGUGCACAGUGAUUAAACACGACACAAAACAAAACACAACCUGUGGCCUUUCUGUAUAUUAAAGGGAGUAAAAUAGUCAUAAACAAAUCGUGUGUGUGUGCUGUACAUUGGGAAACAAACCCUAAUCCUGGCUAAAACGAAUGUCCUGUUAUGCUUAUACAAAGUUGCAUAUUGUGUAAUGGUAAUAAAGUGGAAAAGAU